UGCUACAGAUCGUCCGGCUGUAUUGGAAAAUCACGACGUUUCGUUUCCUACAACAAUGCCUCACACAAAUUUCCGAGAUAACAAAAUGGACAGGGACGGAACAGUUCUCGUUAACUGAAUGUUUAAUGAUUCCGUUUCAUCUUAGCUGAUAAUAUCAAAGGAAUUUCCUGUCAUUGAAACUUUUAAUUUUAGACAUAUUGACAGCAUAAAAUAAGCUAUUAUUUGAGCGAGAUAUACGAGUAGCUAGCUGCUUUAAGAUUGCAGAAGUAUUGCCGAAUAAUAAUGAAGCCCAGUACGUGCAUGCUGUCAACAGUUCUCCUCGUCUUAGUGUGCCAACUCGUCGUGUGCCUGUCACAUGGAUACCUUCUUGACAAUGACGUCAUCAGUAACGUAUUGUCCAACGAUGAAAUUGGAGCCGAUUAUACAGACAUUAACGUUGACGAUAUCGGGAUAACAGACACUAGGAAACGGGCUCAACUGUCUCUUACUGGGGGACUAAGAUCUUUAGCACAUAUGGUUUAUGGGCAACGCAACAGUGAAAGAUCAACACAUCAAAACGCAUUGUUAUUACUGGGAAAAAGAAACUGGCGCUUUCCAACCUACAAUUUUGAGUCCAGACUUAGAUCAAAAAAUUUACAACCUUCUUCCUCAUCCACCUCUUCCGUUACUAGACGGCGCUCUCAGCAGCUCUCUGUUUCCGGUCCACUAUCGGCACUGGCAAACAUGCUCGAAGCAGAAGGACGCAGGCGUAAACAAUCGGAGUCUUUCAAUAAUAGAAUGAAGUUGCUAGAAAUCGGAAAACGGAGCAGCAAAAUGAAUCUGGUUGAUUUAAACCCUUUAGAUGAAGAUAUACGAAAUGACGACAAUCUAUGACGAACACAGUUUGUAGACUUUUAAUAAGACAUGUUGUGGCAAAGUAACCGAAAAUCUACUGCAGUGUGACCAAUCCGUUUGCAAUUUCACAAUCGUAUCAAAAUUGGAAAUACUGUUUAUAUUUCAUUUAAUGCAAACAACAUUCACUUCAACCAACGCAGCUUAAACCUGGGACAUGAGCAUUAAGAACAAAAUUACUCCGGCUUUUGAACAAACAAAAGGUCUCAAUGUUUUAUGAAGUGUAUUUCAUAUUUCCUCAUAUUAACCACAGAUUUUCAAAGCUUACAUGAAUUUUAGAACAAACGGGUAGCGCAAAAGUACAUAAAUGCAUAUUUUCUUAUCAACCGGUUUUACUUGGGCAAUGCCGGAAAGUCAUAAAGAAUGUUAGGUUAAUGUCUUUAUUAAUUUUAAUUUAUUAGGUUUGGCGGAGAAAAUAUAAAAGGCGAGGCUUUAGCUUCUCCUCACUUAAUAAUUUAAAAAUUAUAAGGAUAUUAACCUAAUGCUCUAUUUAUCCUACCUUCUGAUUUAAAAUCAGUUUUUAAUUAAAAUUUGGAAAUUACCACGAACUAGAUAUGUGUCUGCCUUAUAUUUAAAAAUUAACAUGCCCUAAACAUUACUUCAUUGAAUCUUGCUCUUUAAAAUCCCAAAUAUUAUAAAAAUAAAAGUGGA